AUGGUGGAGGCACAGUGUGAGCAACGGAAAUAUAUAUAUAUAUAUAUUUACAGUAGCAUUCUAUGUAUCAGUAACAACGCGAAUUGUAUGGAAAUGUAUAAGGAGAUAUGAUGUUUCAUCGUUGUCGAGCAGCAAGUCUAAUAUUAACUUGCGUUGAAAGUGUGUGAACAGGGGACCCGUCGAGUAGUGUACAGUAAAGCUGUUAACUGACUAGUUCUCUAUUUAGGGACUGAUUUGAAUCUUGCAGAUUCUUGUCAGCUAUGGUUUUACAAAACAGUGGGCGAUAUAAAGCAGACCGAGGUGGUGGAGAUCAGGACAACCAGCAGGAUGAUGCAUCAGCUUUGUCCGCCGUCAAGCGGCUGGAGCGCAGUCAGUUCACUGAUGGGAUGGACGAGCGCUUUGGCUUCGAACGGAUGAAGGAACCUGGGGAGAAAACGGGAUGGCUGAUCAACAUACACCCGACUGAGAUUCUGGAUGAUGACAAGCGGAUGAUCAGUGCUGUGGACUAUUACUUCAUACAGGAGGAUGGAAACCGAUUCAAGAUUGCUCUUCCCUAUAAGCCGUAUUUCUACAUAGCCACUAAAAAGAACUGUGAAAGAGAGGUUAUCUCCUUCCUGUCAAAGAAGUUCCUGGGAAAAGUGGCAAAGCUUGAAGUUGUCCCAAAGGAAGACUUAGAUCUGCCUAAUCACCUGGUGGGCCUGAAGAGGAAUUACAUCAAACUCUCUUUUAACACGGUGGAUGACCUUGUUAAAGUGAAAAGGGAGAUCUCACCUGCUGUCCGCAAGAACAGAGAGAGAGAGAAGUCCAAUGAUGCCUAUACCAGCAUGUUAUCCAGUGCUUUGGUUGGUGGGAGCGUAGUGACAGAGGAUGAGGAUGGCACUUGGAAGAAAAUUACUGAGCAGCUUGACAACAUCGUAGACAUGCGGGAAUAUGACGUGCCUUAUCAUGUCCGCGUUUCUAUUGACCUGAAGAUUCAUGUGGCUCACUGGUACAAUGUGCGGUACAGAGGAAGUGCCUAUCCUCCUGAGAUUGUGCGCAGGGAUGAUCUUGUGGAAAGACCUGAUCCUGUAGUGUUGGCUUUUGAUAUUGAGACCACUAAACUCCCACUGAAGUUUCCUGAUGCUGAAACAGACCAGAUUAUGAUGCUAUCAUACAUGAUAGAUGGGCAGGGCUUCCUCAUCACAAACAGAGAAAUAGUCUCUGAAGACAUUGAGGACUUUGAGUUCACCCCAAAACCUGAAUAUGAGGGCCCCUUCACUGUAUUUAAUGAACCUGAUGAGGCCUCUCUUAUUCAGAGAUGGUUUGAACACAUCCAUGAGACCAAGCCGAACAUUUUUGUCACUUACAAUGGAGAUUUCUUUGACUGGCCAUUUGUAGAAACCAGAGCGACCCAGCUUGGCUUAAGUAUGCAUCGGGAGAUCGGCUUCCAGAAGGACAAUCAGGGGGAAUAUAAAGCCAGCCAGGCUAUUCACAUGGACUGCCUCAGGUGGGUAAAGAGAGACAGUUACCUGCCAGUAGGAAGUCAUAACCUCAAGGCUGCAGCGAAAGCUAAGUUAGGCUAUGACCCUGUAGAGCUGGACCCAGAGGAGAUGUGUCGUAUGGCUACUGAAGAACCACAGACUCUGGCCACCUAUUCAGUGUCUGACGCUGUGGCCACAUACUACCUUUACAUGAAAUAUGUUCAUCCCUUCAUUUUUGCCCUCUGCACCAUAAUUCCUAUGGAACCCGAUGAGGUUUUGCGGAAAGGCUCCGGUACCCUGUGCGAGGCCUUGCUGAUGGUUCAGGCCUUCCAUGCCAACAUUGUCUUCCCAAACAAGCAGGAGCAGGUCUUUAACAAACUCACAGAUGAUGGUCAUGUACUUGACUCUGAGACUUAUGUUGGCGGCCACGUCGAGGCUCUAGAGUCUGGUGUGUUUCGUAGUGAUAUCCCGUGCCGCUUUAAAAUGAAUCCAGCAGCAUUUGACUUCUUGAUUCAGAGGGUGGAGCGUACUCUCCGUCAUGCAAUUGAAGAAGAGGAGAAGAUUCCCCUUGAGCAGGUCACCAACUUUAAUGAGGUGUGUGAUGAAAUCAAGAGGAAGCUUAUCUCUCUAAAGGAAGUGCCCAAUAGAAUCGAGUGUCCUCUUAUUUACCAUCUGGAUGUGGGGGCCAUGUACCCCAACAUCAUCCUUACCAACAGACUACAGCCCUCUGCCAUGGUGGAUGAGGCGACCUGUGCCGCCUGUGAUUUUAAUAAACCUGGUGCAAACUGUCAGCGCAGAAUGACUUGGCAGUGGAGAGGAGAGAUCAUGCCUGCGAGUAGAAGUGAGUUUCAUCGCAUUCAGCAGCAACUGGAGUCCGAGAAGUUUCCCCCUCUCUUUCCUAAUGGUCCACCUCGUGCUUUCCAUGUGCUCAACAGAGAAGAACAAGCUCGGCAUGAGAAGAAGCGUUUGGGAGAUUACUGUCGAAAAGCCUAUAAGAAGGUUCACCUGACCAGACUGGAGGAGAGAGUCACUACCAUUUGCCAGAGAGAGAACUCUUUUUAUGUUGACACAGUUCGAGCCUUCAGAGACCGUCGAUAUGAGUUCAAAGGAUUCCACAAGGUGUGGAAGAAGAAGCUGUCCACAGCACAGGAUAAUGGGGACGCAGCGGAGGUGAAGCGCUGCAAGAACAUGGAGAUUCUCUAUGAGUCUCUGCAACUGGCGCACAAGUGUAUCCUCAACUCCUUCUACGGAUACGUCAUGAGAAAAGGAGCACGUUGGUACUCGAUGGAGAUGGCAGGGAUUGUCUGUUUCACCGGUGCCAACAUUAUCACACAGGCCAGAGAACUCAUUGAGCAGAUUGGGAGGCCUCUGGAGUUGGACACCGAUGGUAUUUGGUGUGUUCUUCCCAACACCUUUCCUGAGAACUUUGUCAUAAAAUCCACCAAUGAGAAGAAGGCAAAGGUGACCAUCAGUUAUCCAGGAGCCAUGCUGAACAUCAUGGUGAAGGAGGGCUUCACGAAUCAUCAGUAUCAAGAGCUGGUGGACCCAGCAUCUUUAACAUAUGAGACCAGAGCUGAGAACAGUAUCUUCUUUGAAGUUGAUGGGCCGUACUUGGCUAUGAUCCUGCCUGCCUCUAAAGAAGAAGGAAAAAAGCUAAAGAAAAGGUAUGCCGUGUUUAACGAGGACGGGUCGCUUGCUGAGCUGAAGGGCUUUGAGGUGAAGAGAAGAGGAGAACUUCAACUCAUAAAGAUCUUCCAGUCAUCUGUGUUUGAGGCCUUCCUGAAAGGCACAACUCUAGAAGAGGUUUAUGCCUCUGUGGCUAAAGUGGCUGACUACUGGCUUGAUGUGCUCUACAGCAAGGCUGCUAACAUGCCAGAUGCAGAGUUGUUUGAGCUGAUUUCAGAAAACCGCUCCAUGUCCCGUAAGCUGGAAGAUUAUGGCGAACAGAAGUCCACCUCCAUCAGCACAGCCAAGCGUCUUGCCGAGUUCCUUGGCGAUCAGAUGGUGAAGGACGCUGGCCUCAGCUGUCGCUAUGUCAUCUCCCGCAAACCGGAGGGCUCGCCUGUCACUGAAAGGGCGGUCCCUCUGGCCAUUUUUCAGGCUGAAGAGAGUGUUAAAAAGCAUUUCCUACGCAAAUGGCUGAAGAUGCCCAGUCUCCAUGACCUUGAUAUUAGAUCUAUUCUGGACUGGGGUUACUAUAUUGAGCGGUUGGGCAGUGCCAUACAGAAGAUCAUCACUAUCCCUGCAGCUCUACAACAGGUGAAAAAUCCAGUACCCCGAGUACGGCAUCCAGACUGGCUGCAUAAGAAGCUUCUGGAAAAGAAUGACAUCUACAAGCAGAAGAAGAUCAGUGAGCUCUUUACCAGUGAGGGAAAGAGACAGGUGGCCCAUCAAACGUUACCAGCAGGUGAGACUCCUGAUAUGGAGGACUUCGGUGCUCCUCAGCAUCCUGUGCAGCCCGCCAUACUCAUCAGCACAAAGAGGAAGAGGAUAUCUCAAGGAGAGGACAGCCAGGCUGAGUCUCAAGAGCAAGAACUCACACAGUCUUGGAGAGAAAUACUGGGGCCACCACCAGUUAUGGGCACCACCCGGGAGGAACUUCUUGUCUGGUUACGCUACCAUAAGAAAAAAUGGGAGCUGCAGCUUCGUCAGAGGAAAGAACGGCGGAAGCGACGGCGUUUGAUUGGGGAAUCUCAGCCGACUGGCGGGGGGGUAAUCCGUGGUGGACCGACAACAGGGCUAGGCAGCUUCCUGCGAAGAACCGCCUGCAGUAUUCUAGACAUGCCCUGGCAAAUUGUACAGAUUGCAGAAACCAGUCACCCAGGCUUUUAUAAGCUGUGGGCGGUCAUUGGCAGUGACCUGCACUGCAUGAAGCUCAACAUCCCACGAGUGUUUUAUGUCAAUCAGAAAGUGCCCAAGCAAGAAGAGGGAGCUAAUUGCAAAAAGGUGAACCGGAUACUUCCACGCUCUGGUGUGGUGUAUUAUCUGUAUCAGUAUGCUGUUCCUGAGGACAUGUACCAGGAACACAUCAAUGAGAUCAAUGCUGACCUCUCAGCUCCUGAUAUUGAGGGUGUCUAUGAGACACAGGUUCCGCUGCUGUUCCGGGCUCUGGUCCAGUUGGGCUGCAUGUGUAUGGUCAAUAAACAGGUGGUCAGAGACCUGGCUGGCAGAGAGGCUGAUACCUUCGACCUGUAGCACCUAGAGAUGAGAUCCCUGGCCCAGUUCAGCUACCUCGAGCCAGGCAGUGUAAGGCACAUCUACCUGUACCAUCACAGUCAGGGCCAUAAGGCUCUCUUUGGCCUCUUCAUACCAUCCCAACGCAAAGCCAGCAUUUUUGUUCUCGACACGGUGCGCAGUAAUCAGAUGCCGAACCUUAGCUCAUUGUACGGAGCAGAGCGCGCAGCACUUCUGGAGAAGACCACAGAGGAGCUGCUGCCACCUGAGAAACAUCUGUUUGAAGUGCGUGCUGAAAACGACGUCAAAGCCAUCUACCGCACACUGCAACGCAUUCUCCUCAACUACAAGGAGGAGCGGCGUGGUCCGACCCUGAUUGCUGUUCAGUCUAACUGGGAGUUGCGGCGGCUGACAGCUGGCAUGACUGUACUGGAGGAGUUCCCGGUGGUCCCGGUUCAUGUUAUUGAUGAGAUAAGUUACAAUGUACUGGACUGGCAGCGGCACGGAGCUCGACGCAUGAUAAAACACUACCUGAACCUGGACAGCUGUCUCUCACAAGCUUUUGAUAUGGCCAGGUACAUCACACACUUUUGA